UGGCAGACCCGUUGACUAAGAGAGUUUCUUUUUCAAAAAAAUAACUCAAAGGCGAGUCAUUGGCAAUGGUAGUUCCAAAGAAAACAGUUCAGGUGAUAUUUUAGCCAGUGCAUAGCUAUUUGAUUCACCCGUUUUUGCAAGAAACACCGAGUCGGCAGUUACCUGAAAACUGACCAACAGGGAAACACUGGAAUACACGGUGGCUAGGAGAGAAACUUGUUUACCAGCGUCUAUUUAAUUUUGAAAGGUAAGGGUGGUGUGCCAUGAAAUAAUCAUUGAGCAAAAAGUUAGAAAAUAACAGCUACUUUUAGUGCUUUUUAAUGACGUUCGAAUGGGUUUUUAAUUACAAGAAACACAACAAGUAAAUUUGAUUCAUAAACAUUUGAUGUUGAAAUCUGCAUAGUUUAUUGUUAGAUCACUUUGCAUAAUCAAAACAAAAUUCUUACCGUUUUAAGGUUUACAGGAUCAAAACAAAAUUCAUACUGUUUAAGGUUUUGAUCGUGAUCUAGGCUUGGAGUGUGAGUACUGAGGCAGCCUGAACAGUUCCAUCCAGAUUCAUGCACUCGUGUCGAUAUCUUGAGCUGGUGAUCAGUUCUGCCCGGAAGAAAUGACUAACGAGAGGCGACAAUGACAUCUGCCCAAUAUUUAAAAUCAACGCUGCUAAGAUGAGAUAGAUAUAUUCAUUAUAUACAAUUAAAUCAGGCUUCCGUGCAAAAAACAUCUCUAAUGAUUUAGGACCCAGAAAAAUAUGCCUUAAUGGAAGUUGUAUAGUAAUUAUGUAGUGUUUAAUAUUCUCAUUUCCAAUGAAAAUAGUGCUGGAAGAGGUUUGAAGUAAAAUGACAUUUCGACCGUGUGUCGCGUUUAGUUUGCCUAAGACACAGUCUGAAGCCAGUAAACAGUGUAACAACCUGUCCUCUUGGUGUAUGCGACAAUAAUUAUUAUGCGCUUAACUUUAUUGUGCAUUCAUGAAUUUUUUAGGGCUUUCACGUUGAAUUGACUUGAAUAAUACCAAAAGAAAAAUAAUGAUUUUACUCCUUUGAAGAAAUGCAAAUCAAGGUGGAUAAAACUUGAUAGUUUUCACUGCUAUGGCCGUGUUAUUAAAUGUAUUUGACUAAGGCGUUAGCUUUUGUUAUUUUUUUCGGUUUUACAACUUGUGAGCCGUCACCUGCUCUUGCCGACCACCUGACGCACCCUGUAGCGAAGUAUUGUUAGAACUUCAACAAGCAAACUCUAACGACAAACCAAACCGAAAUGAAAACAAAACUAUGUGGAUGAAACUACACGGUGCUCGUAUCAGCAUUAAUUCCACUUCACUUUGUACAGUUUAUCACGCGCGCAUGGCAAAGUAACUCUGUUUACAGAACAGACUAUGUUUCAUUUCAAGCCAAGCUACCAAUCUUCCUUUCAACUGUCAACCUGAGCCGUAGUUUCGGUUCCUUGUGUGAGUUGUGGGCGAUGUUAUUCAUUUGGUUUUUUUCCUGUUUGGCGCAAUUCUCCGGAGUGGAAGGAUAUCAGUCGAAAUUCACCAGCAUUCCUUCCAAACCAACUUCAUCGCUCAGUGGCAACAAUGUGACAUUUAUGUGGAGAUAUCACACAAGUCAUGCUGACAAAUCUCAUUUCCGAUUGCUUGUGUUUGGACUGUGGACAAAUGGAGAUAUUUCAACUCCUUUAGUGAGCUUGUCAAAAAAUGGCAGCCUAGUUUGUUAUUCGGAUCGCAUCGUAUGGCUUGGGAACAAGACUGCAGCAGUAUUUCAACUCCGUCGUGUGACUAUUCAAGAUGGCGGUGAAUAUGGUUUAAAGUUGAACUUUGAGGCAUUUACUUUACGAGAUUCAGUAAAUCUAACUGUCAUUGCUCCACCCCGAAUUAAGAAGAGCAAAAGUAAAUUGGCGGAAGUGAAAGUAUCAGAAGGCGAGUCAGCUGUUUUGCCAUGUCACGUGACUGGUAAUCCUCAGCCGUGGAUCUCAUGGUCACGCGAUGGGAAAACACUUCAGAACAGCACGAGAAAGAGCGGGUUGAUGCUACCAGCUACUCAUGGAAACAUGACGGGAUUGUAUACCUGCGUUGCUGGUAACAAGGCAGGGAUUGAUGAAUAUCAUGUGUUGUUGCUCGUGACAUCCUGUGAACAUCAGUCAAGUGGAGUAAAACAUCGCACAAAAGAACUGUCUGAGCCAGAUCACAGGCAUAUUCACGACGACUUACAUGAACGGGCAACUUUUACCCCUACACUGGUUGUGGCUUUUGUUUUAUUCAUCAUCUUUGGAGCGUACUUCUUUUUCCGAUACGCAGGGUCAAGAAGCAAGAAAUUCAGGAAAUACAACAAAAUGUCACAGGAUGAGCAAGCCAGGAGUUUGAUGGGUGAAUGGUCAAAUUUUGCUGAUAGUGGAGAAAAAAUAUGAACUUACCGAAAAUAACUAACGACAAUUGAUUCAAUGCAAAAUGUGGAAUAUAUAAACCCAAUUCAACCAAAAUUAAGAGUGGCACUUUCGUCAUUCAAUUUUGUAUUUUUCUCGUGAUGCAAAGUCUGGUAGUCUUUUGUAAGAGGAGAUUACCUGGUAACGAACUCAUCAAAAUAUUUUCAGACAUGACAUAUACACUCAGUGAUGGCCACGUGAUUCAAUUUUCUAACUUCCCGUAUAAAGUACCUUUCUUAACCUCAUAAGAGGAUACCUAACAACGAAAAACCUCCAGAAAGAAAUCCUAAGAACUGUCCCUCAGUACGUCUCGGUAGAUUCGUGCAAUGGAAAUAGAAUUAUUUUCUAGGUGGGAACAGAGAAAGGAAACAUUGGUAAUUUGGACAGGGCCCAAAUUUAUUCGUACUGACUUUGUAUUACCAACAUUUUAAGGUUUUAAGGUAAGGAUGUCCUUAUACGUCAAUAACAGCCCGCGUCAACUGCUUUCUUUGACGCUGUAAAGACUUUUAAUUUCAACACUAGCACAAAUAUGCAAUAACUUUGCUUUGUAAUGCAUGUUUUACUUUAUUAGUUGACAGGCUAACGCAAUGGAAGGCAGUAUAAAUUGCUAAUAGAAUGUUCUUUCUUAAGAAUAACGAACAAUCCUAUUAUAACUAUUAACAAAUAAUGUUAGAUUUUCAUCAAGUUCAGAUUGAACAAAUCGAAAAAGAUCAGUGCAAUUAAGGAUAAGUUGACGCACUAAGGAAACAAUAGAGGAGUUCACGCUCUAAGGGCAUUAUGGGUAAUCAGGGCAAAUUUACAAAGAAGCAAAGCCAUAAAACAAAUGUUUAUCUUUAUAUUUCCGUUCUGAUUUCACAUUUGGAGACGAAACAUAUAUUGUAGACGGAGAAACCCUUUUUCUGGGUUUACCAGCGUUUUUGAGCCCAUCGAGUGAUUGUUGUGGGCGUAGGAAUUUUUUUACUGUUAAAACCGAAUGAUUUGAUCAAGUCUUAGCCGCUAAAGCCACAAAGAUAACUUCUCCGUUACUCUGAUAAGUAGGCUAAUGCCUAGCUCAAUCGACUCAAAAGCGCUACUUGAUGUAGAAAAAGGUUUUCUCUAUUUACAGUAAAACGUUUUU